CAUCUACAUAAAGUAAACAUAACCUAUAUUUUAGGCCUUUUAAUAAAUUAAUAUAAUUUAUUUUGUAAUCCAAACCAAAAACUAAUCAGUCUAUUAAACAUUAAUAGAAGUAUUAACAUUGUUUUACAUCUGAUAACUACAUGGUAAUAUGCUUAGAAUUUGUAUGGUAUCUGAUUUUUUCUUCCCUAAUAUGGGCGGAGUAGAGGAGCACGUAUACAAUCUAUCUCAGUGCCUAUUGCUUAGAGGACAUAAAGUUAUUAUAGUGACCCAUAGUUAUGAAGAUCGAAUAGGUAUAAGAUACAUGACUGGUGGUCUAAAGGUAUAUUAUUUGCCAAUUAAAGUUUUUUACAACCAGUCAAUUUUACCAACUAUGGUGUGUAAUGUCCCUUUAAUAAGGUACAUAUUAAUAAGAGAGAGGAUAAAUAUCAUUCAUGGUCAUUCAGCUUUUUCCUCUUUAGGACACGAGACUGUUUUAAUAGGAAAUCUUCUGGGUAAGAAGACUGUUUUCACAGACCACAGUCUGUUUGGAUUUGCAGAUGCAAGUGCAGUGAUUACCAACAAGUUCAUCCAAAUUUCUUUAGCUGGAUGUAAUCAUUGUAUAUGUGUAUCACAUACUGGCAAAGAAAAUACAGUCUUAAGAGCAAAAGUUGAAUCAUCAAAGGUGUCAGUUAUACCAAAUGCUGUGGACACUUACUCGUUCACACCUGAUCCAAACCAAAGAGUACAAAAUAAAAUUACAGUAGUUGUCGUUUCAAGAUUGGUGUACAGAAAAGGUGUUGAUUUGACAGCUCAAAUUAUAGGAGAACUAUGUGAUAAAUAUAAGGAAGUUUGUUUUUUAAUUACGGGUGAUGGACCUAAAAGAUGGUUACUUGAGGAAAUUCGGGAAAGAAAAGGUCUCCAAGAUAGAGUGACACUGUUAGGUAGCCUUGAGCAUUCUCAAGUUCGCAAUGUUUUAGUAAAAGGUGAUAUUUUUCUGAAUACAUCUUUAACAGAAGCUUAUUGUAUGGCCAUUGUAGAAGCUGCAUCUUGUGGACUAAAAGUUGUUUCUACAAAAGUUGGAGGCAUUCCAGAAGUUUUACCAGAACAUUUAAUAUACCUUACUGAACCUACAGUUCCUUCUCUUAUGAAUGGCCUAGAAAAAGCAAUCAACGAUUUAAAAGCAGGCAAAAUAAUUUGUCCUUACGAAUGUAAUAUGACAGUAAGAAGCUUUUAUAAUUGGGAAAAUAUUUCUUCGAGAACUGAGAUUGUUUAUCGAAAAGUCGUUAACGAAAAUGUGAAAACUUUAGGAGAACAUUUACACAGCUAUUUGAACACGGGUGUAUGGCCGUUUGUACUAGUUGUCUCAUUGGUAUUCAUCAUUUUGAAGAUAUACGACUAUUUGGUGCCUCGAAAAUAUAUAGACAUUGCUCCGGAUUUCAACAAGAAGGUCAAGAAAAAGUCUGAAUAAAAAUAAGAUAUACCUCAGGUUGCAAAUUUUUACAGAAAUUUGAGACUGAUUUUGUUCGCCAUAAUAAAUCGUAAAUAGUUCUAUUUUCAUUUUAAGUGAUAGAAUUGUCAUUGUUAUUCAUGAUUUUUUAUUUUUCUACCAUAUUUUUGCAUAUCCAACUUCACUAAUACUACUAAAAAUAAUUUUUUCAGUUUCUUUGAACUUUUCAUGGAAUGUUUUAAUAUUUGCUUGGGAUAACGGGUAAUAAAAUUCUACAGGGUGGCUAAAAAGUGAUAAUUUUAAAUCAUGUAAAAUAAAUAGAGAUUUCUUUCGAUUUUGAAGUUGAAAAUUCAGUUAUUUGUUAAAAUUUCGUCAUCCUUUAAAACAUAUCAUUGAUUAGAAAAUUGUUACCCUUUUAGUUCGCUUUUUAGGUUAGGAAGUAUAUAUUUAAACUGCCAUUAUAUUCUGUGAUAUCUAAUUAAAAUAGGGCAUUAAUUGUUAUACAAUGACAUUUGUUAUAUAUUUUGAAAUAAAUU